AUACAGUUGACGUGCCCUUACUGAAAUUUGUAGAUUGUACAUAAGUUCGUACUUUAACAUGAUAGGCUUUUUCGUGUGUACUUCAUUGUCGUGGUUUUUGCUGUGCAAAACAUAGUCAUAGUUCAUAAACUCGACAAGUUCUGAAAUGUCCAGUCCAAUUUUGGCAUAACAUUGGUGAAAACUCGAUUAGUUCUGAAAUGUGUGAGGGGCUCUACCUACUACUGGGAGCCUUCCUGGAAUCUAUUGCUUGGGAUUGCAGAGUAUCAUGUAACUGCGAUGGUCGUUGCAAUGUGUACGCCUGAUUGAAACGUAUGCAAUUUUACAUGCAAAUUCAUCAGCUAGUAGCCGUAAGUAGUUUACAAUGACGGAGCAGAUAAGAUGCACCGCACGUUUGAACUUGUUACGGCAGGUGACAUUCGAGCUUGUAAUUCAGUGGAGAAUGGUCAUCUUGUGAAGUUCUCCCGGAAGAAAGCAAGUUAAAUGCACGAAAUCGAAAAAUUCAGUACGUGUAUCUGUCAAUAGAUGCCACCGAUGUAUACUUCUCGCGCCUUCGGGUUGUGUGCUGGCAAUCAUCGAAGCUCAGCCUGCACCCGUCCGGAAGGGAUAGGAAUUCUCUGCCGUUUCCACUGUCAACUGAGAGAGCUACAACAGAUAGCCCUUAAUUUUCAGUGGAUGGAUUGAAUCAACUGCUACAUAGUUGCUACACUAUCAGAUGCCACAGAACAAAUGAUUAAUUAAUGCAGUGAACUAUAAUAGUAGACUCAUAUUAUUGUUCAAAAAGAGAUCCUAUGUAUUAAUCCUCUUUAAUGUAGAGGAACAGAGUCCGAAGGAACAUGCGAGACGCCACGUUCUGCACCUGGGCGGCACGCGUCGGGAGGCUAGCUCCGUGAGCCACGAGGAUAAAACGACAUUCACGCAGGGAGUGGAGUCGGUCACGCAUUGUCUGAUGCGAUCUGAAGCUGCGAACAAAUGUCCUCUAGCGAUCAGAACCCAGGGGCCACGCCCGCGUCGGGUACCCCCGAGCCGGCGCCUCCGGGCAGGCCGACGGCGGUGUCCUCUCAGGUCCUCGACAUGGGCGCGCAGCUGGUGCAGGCGCUGAAGCCGGUGCGUCAGAUGAAGCAGCACGCGUGCAGCUUCGCGCUGUACGCGCACGACCUGCGCCGCCAACUCGAGGUGCACCACUUCGUCUCCCGGCUCAAUCAGGACGUCCUCCAGUGCGCCGUUUACGACUCCGACAAGCCCUCGGCCCGCCUUAUUGGCGUGGAGUACAUCGUGUCGGACACCAUCUUCGAGGGCCUGCCGCCGGAGGAGCAGAGGCUGUGGCACUCGCACGCGUACGAGGUGAAGGCCGGGCUGUGGACCGACGUCGGCGUGCCGGAGGCGCUGCAGAGUUCGGAGAUGGCAAACCUGACCAAGACGUACGGCAAGUUCUGGUGCACGUGGCAGGUGGACCGCGGCGACCGGCUGCCCCUCGGCGCGCCGGCCCUCAUGGUGUCGCCGCAGGCCGCCGAGCCUGGCCGCGUGCGCGCCGAGCUGGUGCGCGACCGCGACGCGAGCUACAAGAUCGACAGCUCGGCUGGAGGGCUUAAGGCGGCAAGGGUGGAGAUGGACGAGCCGGAGUGGAUCAACCCGAACGCCGACUACUGGCGGCAGCACGGCAAGGGGUUCGCGGUGGACGUGGUCGCAUCGGAGAUGAAGCGCCACGCGCCCUUCCCGUGAGCCGCCAGUUUUGCUGGAACGCCUGUUUUCCUUUGCUUGGUCGUACAAGAUCCAUGUAACACAUACGGUCCGUGUGUGUGUCCGUCGGGCGACCGCGAGCGGUUGAUAAAAUGUGGAGAAAAUAGGACACCUAGAUUGCCCAGCUGCGUAUUUUAUCAGGCUUCCUAAAUUUGAGGCUCCUUAUAUUUAGAAGCGGCAAUCGAUAACUGCCAUUG